CUCCCCAUUGCUGGCCUCUGCUGCACCCUUUGACCUCCACGGGAGUAGAGACCACCACUCCCCCACCAUCGGAACCUGUCUCAGAUCUUCUUCCCAAUCUCUUCCUGAGAAAACGAACCACAGAAUGAGCUAAUCCACCAUGAUGACUACACAUUCUGUGUGAAACUAUUUCAGCUUGUGUUGGAAGAUGGAUGACUCAGAGAAAGAUUUCAACCUUAAAGUCGUCCUGGUCAGCUUCAAGCAGUGUCUCACUGACAAGGGAGAGGUGCUGCUGAACCACUAUAUUGCCAGCUGGAAGGGACUUGUCAGGUUUCUGAACAGCCCGGGGGCUGUCUUCUCAUUCAUUUCCAAGGAUGUGGUCUCAAAGCUACAGAUAAUGGAGCGUCUGAGAAGCAGCCCACAGUCUGAACACUACACUAGCUUGCAGUCCAUGGUAGCCUACGAGGUGAGCAACAAGCUGGUGGACAUGGAUCACCGUUCCCAUCCCCGACACCCUCACUCAGGCUGCCGGACUGUGCUGCGCCUACAUCUUGCUCUGCACUGGCUACAGCUGUUCCUGGGUGGCCUGCGCACCAGCUCUGAGGAUAGUCGUACCUCCGCACUCUGCAGUGAGGCCUACAAUGCCACGCUGGCUAGCUAUCACUCCUGGAUAGUACAUCAAGCUGUCACUGUGGCCUUCUGUGCCUUACCCUCACGUAAGGUCUUCCUUGAGGCCAUGAAUAUGGAGUCCUCUAGGCAAGCAGGGGAGAUGCUGGGGGAGGCCCUGCCCUUCAUUGAGCAUUUGUAUGACAUCUCCCAGAAGCUCUAUGCUGAGCAUUCCCUGCUAGACCUGCCCUAGGAGUGGACUUACCCUGUUCAGAACUGGGUUUAGGCAA